GGUAUCCUAUCUUUAACCAACACGUCCACUUCGUCUCUAUGGUAUUUAAAUUUUUAUUUACGAGCUGUUGCGUUUAAGGCCGUAGUUGGAAAGAAAGGUAUCAGUUUGCCGUCUGCGAUUCAGACGCUAGCUAAGGGGACGAAGCAUGAGUUGACAGAAGACCAGAAGCAAGAAAUCCGAGAGGCAUUCGAUUUGUUUGAUACGGACAAAACGGGUACAAUCGACGUGAAGGAACUUAAGGUGGCGAUGCGUGCCCUAGGUUUUGAACCAAAACGAGAGGAAAUAAAGAAGCUUCUAACUGAAUUUGACUGCGAAUCAAAAGAAUCCAUUGAAUUUAGUGACUUCAUGAAGAUGAUGGCUGUUAAAAUGCAGGAUAAAGAUGCAAAGGAAGAGAUUCUCAAGGCCUUUAAGUUAUUCGAUGAUGAUGAAACUGGAAAGAUAUCCUUCAAAAACCUGAAACGCGUUGCAAAAGAACUGGGCGAGAAUCUCACAGAUGAGGAACUUCAGGAAAUGAUCGAAGAGGCAGAUCGUGAUGGGGAUGGAGAAGUCAACGAGCAAGAGUUUUUGCGAAUAAUGAAGAAAACCAAUAUGUAUUGA